AUGUCUAGCUUAUGUCCUAAUAAAAAGAUACAGUGUUUCUUUGUUGUUGUUGUUGUUCACAGCAGAAAAGGAAAGAAUAAAUUACCGUUCGCUGAACGCAAAAACUCACCAUACGAACGAUUAGCUGUGCAUAUGUUUCUUCACAAUGCACAACGUCUCACAUAUAACCCGGAAACUCCGGAUGGGCGCGACGGUGCGUCUAGCAACUGCUGUCUUGGGACAUCCCAACGCCGCCGUCAGGAACGGUGCAGCUCCUCACCAACUUUUGUGGAAAGGAAUAACAUAGAUGUAAAAAACACCACGCGUAGUGAACUGUCUCUUGUAGAAGAACGCUUGAUGAUAAUCAAACGAAAUCGCGCUAGCUCACAGAGUUCCGUCAGCCCUUCGGCGUCGCCAGCUGUGCGGGUAGAUGUGCCGCCGUGUGAAGCCUAUCCGACAUUCAACCUCUCGAAGCCUUCUGAGCUGGAGCAAAAAACCCUUGAGACGCUGGUGACAGAAUGUAUGAACACACUUUUCUUCCCUAAACACUAA